AUGGCCUUUCGCAAGCGCAACAUCCCCCUCGGCACGCCCGCGAAUCGUGCAGCGCCCACCGAGAAGACUCCCGUCAUAGGCAAUCUCCCAGGCGUCCGCCCAUCGCCUCUCACAUCGCAUCCCGUAACUUCCACCGGCACCUCUUCCCUCGACGGGCUGCUCGGAGGCCAUGCAGGCCUCGCACUCGGGACCAGUCUUCUGAUCGAAGAGUCGGGCAAUACAGAAUUCUCGAGCGUCCUGCUGCGCAACUUUGCGGCCGAGGGAAUUUGCCAGGGUCAUGUGCUACAUGUUGUCGGGGUGGGAGAAGGCUGGGUGCGAGACUUACCUGAUGUCGCGGUGGAGAAGAGCGGGAGUAGGAGUGGUUCGAAGACGAACGAGGAGAAGAUGAAGAUUGCGUGGAGAUAUGAGCGUUUGGGACAGGUCGGCGAAAGAGGUGCGUCCAGCUGCACGAUUUUAGCAUCGCCUGGACAAGGAAGCGUACCAGCUGCGACAGAUGCGCAAGCCGCCGUGCCCUUCUGCCACACGUUCGAUCUGUCGAAACGCAUCACCGUCCCGGCCGACGCGAAGAUCAACCACAUUCGCAUCGACCCGAGAUCCGCCUUCGAGACAAUCAUAGCAUCGCUCAACCAGAGUCUGAAAAGCUCACCUCCGAACAUCGUCCACCGUCUCAUUGUCCCAUCAAUGCUAAGCCCGGCCCUCUACCCACCAACCGCCAGCCAUCCCUCUUCCUCACUGAAAUUCCUGCACUCCCUCCGCUCGCUCCUCCGCUCCAACAGCGACCGCCUCACGGCAAUCCUCUCCCUGCCCCUCGAGCUGCACCCUCGCACAACAGGUCUCCUCCGCUGGACGGAGAUCCUCGCCGACGGCGUCCUGGAGCUCACGCCCUUCCCGCACCUCAUGGACGCAUACGACGAGCACCCUCGACCGUCAGACGGCGCGAAGGAGGGAGGAGAAGACCAGCCGCAGGGCCUCGCGAGGAUCCACAAAUUGCCCCUGAUCACCGAGCGCGGCGAGGGCGGCGCCGGCGUGGGGAACAGCAUUGGCGAGGAUCUGGCGUUCGUGGUCAGUCGCAGGAAAUUCGUGCUGAAGCCCUUCUCGCUGCCGCCCGUCGAGGGCGAUCAGGAUGCGCAGAAGGAAGGCGGGAAACUCACCGGCAAGGACAUCGAAUUCUGA